AUGGUUAAACUAAGAGCGCAAGCUGUGUCAAAGAAACGUGUUUGUAUAAAUAAAAAAUGGCAAAGAAUCAUAUUCAUCGAUGAAAAGAGGUUCAAUUUAAACGAACCUGAUGGCCUCCACUAUUGUUACCAUGAUUUACGAAAGGAGCAACAAUUUCUGAGUCGUCGAACUGCGUGUUGCAGCGAUAUAAUGAUUGGGGGAUGUAUUGACCACUUCGACAUUAAAAUUACUAGAAUUUGCCAGAAUCGCGGAAUUAUCAAAAUUAUUAGCGAAAUUAAAACAGCCAGUACUAUUAGAAUUACUAAAAGUAUUAAAAUUAUUGUCAUUAUUAAAAUUCUUCUGCUAUGCAAAAUGAUCAGAAUGAUAAUCAUUUUUGUUAGAAAUUUCAUAGAUGUGA